GAUGAAAUAAAAUGAAAUGAAAAAGCAAAUGGCUGACUAGAAAUCGACGUUCUUAAAUUUGUACUAAAAUAAUCCGAUGUAAUUACAUGAAUAAUGCGAUAUUUAUGAUCAUGAUUAGGCAAAAUAAAGCUAAUAACGCAAUAUACAACUAGAAUUACAUAAUAUUGGCUAGGAAAAGUCAUUCUUAACUUUAGAAAUAUAUCAAUUCCUAUCUAACUCCUAGUAAUUUGCAAAAAUAAGAAUCGUGCCUGCGACGGACCCACGUCCGUUUUUUUUGUUGAGUUGAUGUGACCAGAAGAAGCAGCUGGGCGGAGACCGCCCUGCACAAGAAUGGAACGGAGCUACGAUAAGAGACACAGCAAACACCACAAGGACAAACACAAGAAGCGUUCCCACAAGAAGUACAAGUCCCACUCGAGCGGUACACACGAGCAGUCUUAUGCUACUAUUAACUCGAGCAAACCCCUGGUGGAGUACUCGGACGUCAGUUCCGAGGAUCUCUCGGCCCCGGAGGCCGGGGAGAUCGAGAGCGAGGCGAGCUCUAUAGGCAGGCACAUCGCCGACGAUCUCGACAGAACUAGAAAGUCCCAUUCGAUUCGUACAUUUCUUGACAACAAGAUAUCAGUGACGACGACUAGCCGUCGAGCCGUCGAGGAGUACGCAUUGACCCGUGAUUCUUCUUCGGCAGUAAGGAAGAGGCGCGGCGUGGAAUAUGAGGAGGCGGUGCCCGAGUUUGAUGAGCACUCUCGAUAUAAGAAGAAGAAGGACAAACGUAAAAAGGAUAAAAAGAAAAGGAAAAAGAAGUCCAAGCACCAUUCUCGGUCAGCAAGCUUGGAGAGUGUUUCACCUGAUGACAAUGUUCCCGGGGGCACACCGAUGCGCGCAGUGACACCGCAGCGCUACACCAAGGUGCCUAUAAGCGAAUGGGAGAAGGCAUCCUCUCCACUGCGGAAUGGUUCCUGCUCGCCGAUAAGAACACCACCUCUGAUGCGUGUAACCAUAUCUCCUCGUCACCGCUCAAUACACAGAGAGCCAUCUCUACAUAAUGCUCUUCCAUUUUCACCACACAGAUCGCCUAUAAUCAGAAGACAGAAGUCAACAACUCCGCACACUCCAGUAGCCCCCCCAUACCAUGACACGGUGACGAUAGAUUCGGACAAUGAUGACUAUGAUCGUAGUAGGAGGGAUUACUGGCAUGAACCACACCACAUGUCUUCAGAAAUUAUGGUCAUACCAGACUCGCCCGUGCACGAGCCGCGCGCGCGCGAGUACAGCCCGCGCCGCCACCGCCGCCGCAGCCCGCGCCGGCGCCGCAGCCGCGAGCGCGAGCGCGAGCGCCUCCGCGAGCGCGCGCACCACAGGUCGCCCAGCCGCGGCUCGGCCAAGCGGCGCCGCUCCCGCUCGCGCUCGCGGCGCCGCUCGUCGUCGUCGCCGCCGCGCCACCGCGCGCGCCUCGCGGACGGCGCGCGCGAGCGCCACGCCUACUCGCACACUAAACACGAAUCGCCGAGUCCCCCAACAACAGUGCUUCAACGGAAAAUUGACUUCAAGGAGAAAAUUAGUGAUACUAGUCUAUUUGCAGAGCUCGUUAAAGACAAACAUAAACGGGCUAAAAAGUUGCAAGAAAUCCUGGAACAAAAGGAAGAGUCCCAAGGGGCGGCUUCUAGCAGUGCUUCAAUGUCUAAUAACCUGGAGACAUUCACAAUUGACGAACUGUCCAACAACACUGCCGAUAGCUUAAUACAGAUUUCCAAAGAAAACGGUGACAAUAAUAGUAUAAAAACUGACGUAGUAGACAUUCCUAUGCCCGUGCCGCCGCCUGAUGAAGACACGGGGUCUCAAUUACAACCUUCACUACAACAACCCACAGAUCCGCAACCCCAGCUUUCGCAACCCCAGCUUUCGCAACCCCAGCUUUCGCAAUCCCAACUCUCUCAACCCCAACUCUCUCAACCUCCACAACCUCCCCAGCCCCCACAACCCCCACAACCCCCUCAACCGGAUCCCACUGGUGAGAAACCCACUGCCAAUGGAGAAAUGUCAGAGAGUAAUAGUUCUGAGAUGACGGAAGCAACCCAGCCGAAGCCUCCGAGCGUGCCUAGUACAGCGGUAGCGCCUCCGCUACCUCGCGGUAGUGUUGUUGAGGAAGUGUACCUCAACAACCAGCAACCACCUCCACCCAAACAAAAGAGCCUCACCAAACUGCCCAUGCCUCCCAACACACAGGUCGAAGAUCUCAAGACAUUAGCGAACGACAGUCCAAUUAGUACGCCAUCGCCGAGUCCUGUGAAGAAGCCGGAGAAACCGAAAAGAACAGGAAUUAUGAACUUGCCAAUGCCACCCGUGAUCCCGGGCUCCGAGGAGCUGAGCGACGAGCUGGACGGGGGCACGCCGCCGCCCGCCUCGCGCGCCCACUCCUACUCGCACGUGUUCAGCGCCAGGAGGACCACGGGCAGCAUUGGUCCCAAGUUAAAGAGGCCACGCAUCCUCAAGAGACGAGGGUCCAAGGUGGUUCCAGUUGCGACUCCAACAUACCACGCCAAGGACUGGGGAGAGAAAUGUGUCGAUGGUUUCCAAGUUAUUACUCAAAUUGGAGAGGGUACAUACGGUCAAGUGUACAAAGCGAGAGAUAAGAAUACAGGUCAGCUUGUAGCUCUUAAGAAGGUUCGGUUAGAAAAUGAGAAGGAAGGUUUCCCUAUCACUGCUGUGAGAGAGAUCAAAAUAUUAAGACAGCUCAAUCACAAAAAUAUUGUCAAUUUAAGAGAAAUCGUAACUGAUAAACAGGACGCUUUGGACUUUAGAAAGGAUAAAGGUUCAUUCUACCUCGUAUUCGAGUACAUGGACCAUGAUCUAAUGGGUUUGCUGGAAUCUAAAAUGGUUGAUUUCACGGAAUCACACAACGCAUCCAUCAUGAGACAAUUACUGGAUGGGCUUGCGUAUUGUCACAGAAAGAAUUUUCUGCAUCGAGAUAUCAAAUGUAGCAAUAUAUUAAUGAACAACAAGGGUGAAGUAAAACUAGGUGACUUUGGUCUAGCUCGGCUCUGGUCGGCGGAAGAUAAAGCAAGGCCAUACACAAAUAAAGUGAUCACGCUUUGGUAUCGACCCCCUGAGUUGCUACUCGGAGAGGAGAGGUAUGGACCGGCAGUUGAUGUGUGGUCUAUGGGCUGUAUACUCGGAGAGCUUUUUUUAAAGCACCCCUUGUUUCAGGCAAAUAUGGAAAUGAUGCAAUUGGAAAUGAUAUCACGUGUCUGUGGAACGCCAGCACCUGGGGUGUGGCCGAAUGUAGUCAAAUUACCUCUCUGGCAUACAUUACGACCAAAACGUUUUCACAAACGAUGCGUUAGAGAACAGUUUGCCUUUAUGCCACCUACAGCCUUACAUCUCUUAGACAGGAUGCUAGAAUUAGAUCCAGACAAGAGAAUAACAGCUGAGGAGGCUUUAAAGAGCGCAUGGUUGAAAAAUAUUGUGCCGGACCAAAUGCCAGCACCCGAGUUACCGACAUGGCAAGACUGCCACGAGUUGUGGUCUAAACAGCGUCGGCGCCAACAAAGGGAACAACAAGAGCAGCAAGGGAAACCUAAAUCAUACAGUUUCUCACAAGAUGACAAGCAGCAUGAAAGCUACAACCAGUCGGAUACCUUCAAAAGUGACUAUAAAGAUAGUUUCAAACCCGAGACUAACCAAGAGACCGUGGGACAAGUUAAAUAG